AAACCCUAAAAAGACCAAAAAACUUUCUAAUUCCCUUUCGUAUGGCUAUAAUGAACAAAGAGAAAAAGACAGAGAGCAACAGAAUCAACGAGAUCGAUGACCCUGAAGAAGACGAAGAAUUGGAGGAUAAGAAGAUGGAGAUGUUCUUUAAUCUCAUAAGAAACUAUCAAGAGGCGAGGAAACGAAGACGUCAAGAGUUAACUGAAGAUUCCGGCGACGCAGCUUCGAAUCCGACGAAGAGAUCGGACGGCGGUGAGAAAUCCGGCAUUGUUCCCGUGCUUCGUGCCGAAGAUUUCUCUCACUCUAUAGACUUAAACUUAAUGCCAUCGAAUUCGAUUAUCCCGACCAAGAAUCAAGAGGAAGACAAGGAAGAAGAAGAAGAAGAAGAAGAAACAGAGAAGGAGACAAGAGAAGAGAGUGGUUUAGAUCUUAAUCUUGCAUUGUAAUAAUAGUUCUCUCUGUUUUUGUUUCGUGAAUAGACAAAAAAAGAAGCUUUUUUUU